AUGGACGUUUUAGAAAAUUAUUAUUCACUGAAAGCUGUUGUGCGUUCUGCAAGUCAACAUUUUACUAUCGCUAUAAAUAAAGGAACACAUUGGUUGUAUUUUGAUGAUAUCUGCAGAUCAAUUCAGCAAUAUUCCACUUUUCAAAACCUCUUGAUUGCCCAUGCCAAUGGCUGGUAUUUUGCUGUCUAUGAAAAGUCUGCCAUUCCAUUCAUUGAUAGCGGUAAUGCACAUGCAGCUGUGAACCAAUCUAAGUACACCCAAGAAUACCUCACAGGACAUUCAGUGCCAAAAGUACUCAUUAAUGAUACUUUAACAGUGCCAUCAAACAAACACAUUGCACAAGCAAAACAAAAUGCAUACAUGAAAGAAUAUCGAAAGAAAAGAAAAAGUAAUGAAACUGCAGAAGAACAACUUGCAAAAAAAAAACAAAAGCAAAAUGCUUACAUGAAAGAGUACAGAAGGAGAAAGAAAAAUAAUGAAUCUCAAAGUGAGACGCUUGCUAGACAAGGAAAGCAAAAUAUAUACAUGAGGGAAUACAACAGGAGAAAGAAAAACAUUGAAACUGAUACCAAAAAAAAUUUGCAACGGAAGAAAAACAAAAUACAAACAUGAAGGAAAAUCAUGAAAAAGUGAAAAAACAACUUGGCCUAAAACAGAAGAAAAAUGCUUACAUGAAAGAGUACAGAAGGAGAAAGAAAAACAAUGAAUUUCAUAGUGAGAAACUUACUACACGACGAAAGCAAAAUAUAUACAUGAAGGAAUACAACAACAGAAAGAAAGACGUUGCAACUGGUAGCAAAACAAUUUCAAGAGAAGAAGAACAAAAUACAGUAAUGAAAGAAGAUCAUGCAAAAAGUGUUCAUGGUGAUUUUAAAAUGCAAGCAAAACUUAUUAGAGAAGAAAAACAAAAUACAGACAUCAUGGAAAAUCAUGCAAAAAGUGUUAACAGUGAUUUUAAAAUGCAAGCAGAUCAAAAUGUAUUUAAAUGUUUUGUGGAGAAGGAAAAAUAUUUGUCUUUGUUUGAUAGUCAAACAAAUGGACCAAUUCAUUUACAGGAAUGGGCUAAAAAAAACAUGCGAGAUUUCCAUAAUUCUUUGAAAUUCAAAAUCUAUAAAUGCAACAUCUGCCAUGAAGCAUGGCCAUUGUCAGAAAAAUGUAAAGAUGAAUCUACAUAUGUGUGCUCUAGGUGUUUGCGUGACAAGAAUGCAACAAAAAAGUUUUCAGUUGACAAUAAUAUGAUACCUUCACAAGCACCAAAAGAACUGCAGGGACUCACGCAAUUAGAAGAAAUGCUUAUAGCACGUGUAUUUCCAGUAAUAUCUGUUUAUACAAAACCAGGGGGGCAAAAGGCAUACAAAGGCCACUGUAUUAAUUUUUCCCAAGAUAUUCAAGAGCUAGCUAACUCAUUGCCAAGGUAUCCGAGGGAGCUGCCUGUGAUAGUUGUGUCAGUCAAAGGCAAAGAUAAUACUUAUAAAGAUCUUACAGUAAGGCGGGAAAAAGUGAGCUGUGCUCUACACUGGUUAGUCCAGCAUAACCCUGUAUACAAAAAUAUUACUAUAGAUUAUGACUGCUUGUCUUCCUUGCCAUCUGAAGGCAUCCCAAGUGAACUGCAUCAGAUUGAUUGUAUUGAGAAUACUAAAGAUAAGGAAAUGGAUCCAGACAGAGGUCCACUUGAUGUCAAUGAAAUACCAUUCAAUGAAGAGACAGAAUUAAGCAGCACAAUCCUUAAUCCAGUAACCUUAAAGCCUCAAAAGCAACUUAUUACAGAUCAGUUAUUGCAAAAGCAUAAAUUAAAUUGGCCACACAGAGACGCAAGCCCUCUGAAUGAAUUUAAGAUCGAAUUUCUAGCAACAAUGGCAUUUCCCACCCUAUUUCCUGAUGCUAAAGGAGACCCUACAAACACUGCUAUAAAGCGGGGUGCAACUUUAGGAGAGAAAAUAAAGCAUCUAAUUAAAUUUGCUGAAUAUUCUAAUGAUGAGUGGACUUAUAGGUUUGCAAGCCAUCCACGAUUUGCAUAUUGGGCUUUUAAUAUGAUUCAGAGGCAUAGACUUCUUAGUCAAGGGAGUAUUUUUUUGAAACAAAACCCUAGCGAUGCAAAACUAACUGUGGAACAACUUAAACAGAUGCUUCAGUCAAAUAAUCAUUCAACUUUAAUGUCUAAACUUAUGCAUUAUGCUAAAAAUAUAACUGGUAGCAAUAGCUAUUGGCACAAAGCAAAAGAGGAUUUAAGGGCUACCGUUGCUCAAGUAGGACCUCCUACAUUUUUUUUUUUUUACCUUGUCUUGUGCAGAGUACCAUUGGCCAGAAUUUCAUAA